ACACACAGUUCUGUUCACCUGGGACUACAUUACCCAGCAUGCCCUUUGCGCUCUCACAUCUGCGUCCCAUGGCAUAGUGUGGUGAAAUGCGAAAGCUGAAGUUAGUGUAGCGGCGGUAGAAGUAGUAAAGGAACAUACAUGACAUCCCUGAAGAAAAGCGAUAGAGUUUAAAGUUAUGGUGAAGGAAGUUUUUACGGAAGGUGUGGCAAGUUGUAUAGGACGCAGUGACAGAAAGCAGGUACCCCUUAGAUGUGACACGUUGCACUGACAGAAGGUAGGACGGAAUGGAGUCAGUGUCUGCACCCCCUCACAUGGACAUGGAUCCCCAGAGCAGCUUUAGUGAGGGAGCCUGCUGCAAGGAAGACUCCCCGGACAGUGCUGACAGAGCGCCCCCUCGUGUAGACAGCUACUCCGAUAUGGACACCAGACCCCCCCUGACCCCAGAUACUGUGAUGGCCUUGGAUAUGGACCCACAGCCAGGCACACACUCCCCAGUAGAAGUUUUCCAUAUGCACCAACUCAUCAGUGACCUACCAACACUGGACUGCCAGCCAACAGAACUGGACCCCUCCUCCUCUACUGAUAGUCCUUUAAAUACCAGGGAUCAGGACUGCCAGGGAACUGCCAGUCUAUGCCCACCCUGCCCUCUGCAUAUAUCCAUAGGGAAAGGACAGGCACAGAUGGUGAGCCGGUCUUCUGAAUCCGACCUGCAAGCUUCUGCCAGUCGUGGACUGUUCUUGACAGAAGGUGACACUGGGCAGAUGAUUAGCCUUUUUCAGUAUGAAGGGGGCACUCUGGCAGAUGGGAGUACAGGAACGCCCUUAGCUACAUUAGAUGCCUUAACUAAAAAUGAGGAGCACUCAGGUAACAGUAUGUUAGCAUGGGAACGGGGAGAAACGCCUUCAUCCUCAUCCUCCUCUUCUGAGCUCAGCAGAGAAGACACUUUGACUAGUUUGGCCGAAUCAGAAAUUUCUGAGCAACAACGACCCCUGCAGGAAAAUGACCAGGAGCACAUUUUCUCAAAGGGAUUUUGUCUUCCUCAGACUCUGAUGCAGUUUCCUCGCUACCCAGAUGUGGCAAAAGUCUCAGGCCCUUGUGAACCAGAAGAUUUGCUGGGUGGGGUAAUUUUUGGGGCCAGUUAUCUUGGAUCUACACAACUGGAAUGUGAAAGGCACCAAAUAGCAAGUACCCAAAUGAAACAGGCGCGAGAAGCAGUGGACAGGGUGAAGGCACCAGAUGGAGAGUCUCAACCCAUGACUGAGGUGGAUGUUAUGGUUUCAACACAACACAUAAAAGUAUUAACUGCAAAUACACAGGAAGCCUUGAUGGACCAUCCGUUACAGACCAUUUCCUACACAGCUGACAUUGGUAAUAUUGUGGUUAUUAUGGCACACAGAAAAUUACCUCGUAGCUCAAACAAGCCUUCCUCCCAUAAAAAACCACAUAGGAUUAUAUGUCAUGUCUUUCAGUCUGUGGAUGCACAACUCAUUGCUCAAGCCAUUGGACAGGCCUUUGCGUCGGCAUACCACAAUUUUCUCCAUUCUAAAGGUGUACAACCUGAGCAAACUGAGAAAACACAGAUGACUGAACUGUACAAUGCAGAUCUUGCCCACUUUACCAAGCAAGACAACUGUAAAGAGGUUUUUAUUCAGAAACAACAAGGAGAAGUGCUGGGUGUGACUAUUGUGGAAUCAGGUUGGGGAUCUCUACUUCCUACCGUUGUGAUUGCAAACCUUAUGCAUGGAGGACCAGCAGAGCGCAGUGGAGAGCUGAGCAUUGGAGAUCAUGUAAUAUGUGUCAACGGCACAAGCUUAGUGGGGCUUCCCUUUUCUACAUGUCAGGGAGUAAUACGGGAGCUAAAAGGUCAGUCUGAAGUGACCCUGAGAAUUGUGCACUGUCCGCCAGUUGUCACUGCCAUUAUACAUAGGCCAAAUGCGUCCUACCAACUGGGCUUCUGUGUGGAAGAUGGAGUGAUUUGCAGCCUUGUCCGUGGAGGAAUUGCUGAAAAAGGAGGAAUCCGAGUUGGACAUCGAAUCAUUGAAAUAAAUGGACAAAGCGUGGUGGCCACAUCACAUGACAAAAUUAUCCGGACUCUGCUGGAUGCCACAGGGGAGGUCCACAUCAAAACCAUGCCAGCCUCUACAUACAGACUGCUGACCGGUCAGGAGACUCCAACUUAUCUCUGAAGAAUAGCUGAAGAACAGCCUACAAACAGGCCUAAUGGUCAAGAUCCAGCAAUAAUGUUCCUCUCUUGUCUAUGAUGUAAAACAGGGAUUGAUUUAUUUAAGUUUGAGGCUUGGCUGCAGUUUAAAGUAAAAUUGUAGUUUUGCUGAAAAAUAUCCCUUCUAUGUAAGUAUGCAAUGCAAUGAAUUAAGCAAUCUUUAUUGUAAAUCUUUGCAGAUCUAUGUUUUGUAAAUGUUGAGACCAUUGUUGUAAUAUUGUUUAUAAUAAAAAAAAAAAUGCACAACCACAA